AUGACAGGUGACGACGCAUGGAAUAUGCAGUCAGCGCUGCCUGAUGGUGCUACUCUCCUCGGAAUUAUGUUGUCCUCUGAUAAGACCACCAUUUCAGCUGUGACUGGCGAUAGAGUCGCGCACCCUCUCAUAAUCAGUCUAGCAAACAUAUCUAUGAAUACUCGCGCCAAAAUCUCAUCCGACUCCUUCCUCCUUACUGCUCUACUGCCAGUGCCUAAAUUCAUUCACAAGAAGAAACGCAUGCGGGGUGUACUGGAGGACCGCCUCGUACACCAGUGCUUAGACAUCAUUCUUGAACCACUCAAGAGGGCCGCUUGUGUUGGAGUCAUGAUGUCGGAUCCCUCCACUACUCUCGCACAACUCAAAGUUGUCUAUACGCGGGCUGACCCCCUUGAUCUUGAAGCAUUUUUCCAUGAAGUGCAGAAAUUUCGAUUGAAUGGAGUUGCUGAGCCCUUUUGGCACGAUUGGAUUCUGGCCGAACCAUCCCAUUUCUUCACUCCCGAACUCCUGCACCACAUACACUGGGAGUUUUGGGAUCACAAUGCAAAAUGGCUCAUCAAUGCUCUUGGGGAAUCUGAGAUUGAUUUUCGCUUUUCUGUCCUACCUCGCAUCACUGGGUUCCAACAUUUCCAUGGAGUCUGUGCUGAUGCUGCACCUCAAGGCGUCCUUACUGCCCGUAUUUCUGCUGCACUAACCGAAUUUCAUGCCCACAAAGACACCAUCAUCACUGCUGGUCUUCGUCGUGGGGAGGGUAAAAAGGUCAUCACCAACUGGCAUAUCCCAAACUCGAAUUCAUGCAGAGCAUUGUCCCGAGCAUCUGCAAUACUUGUGUCCCCAUGCAAUGGACUGUGGAUGCAACAGAACAUGCUCAUAUCACUGUCAUUAAAGUUCCAGCUCGGUCAAGCAACAGUAAUAAUUAUGACCCGCAAAUCUGCUGUCAUCUUGAUCCUACGAUCAACAACUGUGGUUGAAUUUGAUGAGGGAUAUGCGGGUGACGAGGGUGAUGAGGGUGAUUCUGAUGAAGAUAUACCAGCGGACCUCUUAUCCACUGUUACUUUCCCUGGUUGCUCACGGCCAAUCAUGAAUUAUUUCAUGGUUGCAAACACAUUCCAUCUUGCUUACAGUCCAUCAAUCAGAAGUAUCGCUGUUGAUGAGGCAGCUGUAAAAUUUGGUCUUCCAGACUUACGACCUGCCAUCGCUGAUUUUUUCCACCGCCAUGGUAUUCAUGGGCAACAUUAUGUCCAUCCAGUAGGUGUGGGGCGAAGGGCUGGACCUGACGUACAACUUCCAUUUGACAACUUGCAAGUGUGGUUCAAACUGCGCUUGCAAGACACAGACUUUCACGAUUCCAGCACUAUCCAACCUGCGCAAAUGCUCAAUUGCACACCCCCUUGUGAUGCAUGGCCCUGGGGUCGCUUUGAUACUGUUCUCAUUAACACCUGUGCUGGUUUCUCGUGGCCUGCCAGUGGGUUUCAAGGUUAUAGUGUGGUUCAAAUCAGGCUCAUUAUGAGGCUUCUCACAGGGAAUGCAUUGCAAGACUGCUUCCUCACUUACGUUCAUCGCUUUGAUUCUGUCACACUGUUGGGAUCUGAUGGUCGUGACCUGACUACACAGCUACAUGUCUUCAAGAGGGCUAAGAGGUCGAAUGGAACUCGCCUUGGCGAUGUAAUCUUACUGUCCCAGGUCAAGUCUCCUAUAAACCUUAUACCUCGGUUUGGUAGCAUUGCAGAUAACCGUCUCACUACUUCUAACUGCAUGGAACACUGCUCAGAGUUUUGGCUCAACAAAUACUGGAACAAACAAUCCUUUUUCUCCUUAUCUACAUAA